CAAACACUGGAAACUCUGCGGGAGGUGAACAGGUUUCUGCUCCAUUUCCCCAAAAAUAUACAGAAAAAUAUUUGAAAGUUGAAACCCUCACGUUCACAGAUGACGAAGCCAAAAUAAAGACUCUGUCUUUCUUUCUCUCCUUCCAAAACAAACACUGCAUUGCAUUUGAGUAAAUGCCAUUUUCAGCACUCCUCACGAUGCAUUUACUUUGAAUCCCAUCACCUUUUUUUUUCUUUUUAAGAUCAGAGACAAAGACACCAGGAUAGCUAGCUAUAGCGUCAGCAACUUCAGUUUUCUGUUUUGUUUUGUGUGUUUUUGAUGUUAGAAGGUGCUUCUUUUGAGCUCAAAGUUUAAAUCUUGGACUGUUCUUUGAUGAUCUUGAUCAUAGCUUGUUGCUCUUGAACGUCUUUGAUUUGGGUUUGAAUAGAAGACAGGUAGUGAUUUGAUUAAGUUUGAAUCUUUUCACUUUCUUUUAAGCACUAAUCUUAGUUGUUAAUAUUUGUUUAAUCAAGCAUUAAAACCCCAUUUCAUUUCUUUAAUAUUUGGAUGGUUCUAGCUACUAUAAUGCCAGGGUUUAUGGCAUUUGACCAGGAAUCCUGGUUCAUGUUGGUGGUUGAUAUGCGUUGAAAGACUCCAUUUUUGUGAUUUAGUUUAGUUUGGGGGAUUAGUGUCUGGGAAAGUUGUUAAAUCCCAUUAAUCUUCAUCAUUAGUAGAUCUGAUUUACUUUGGGGUUUUAGCUUCCUUGAGGAAUGGAGCAUGUUACCAACAAACUCUCUAAACCCUCUUCAAAUAUAUCUGAAAUGGUAUCCAAAUUUGCAAAAGUUUGCAAAUUGAGAUCCAUUGGUGUCUUCUCCAAUGACCACCACUAUCAACACAACCUCAUUGGCAACAAUGAUGGCUCAUCGAUGGGUGAAGAUAGUAGUGAUGCCACAGAGGAAACAGAAUUUGAUGGCGAGAAAAUCCAUCCUCAACCUGUUGUAGUUCCAAGCAAAAGCAACAUGUAUGGUGACAAGGAUAUUGUAGAGUUGUUUGACACGGUUUCUGCCUUGAAAUUAGCUUAUGUUCAGCUUCAGGAAGCACAUAUUCCCUAUGAUCCGGAUAAGAUUGUGUCUGCUGAUGAACUUGUCGUGGUUCAGCUUGAAGCACUUUGCAAGUCCAAGAAGGCAUUUAAGGAGAAACAAUUUUCAAAAACCAAGCUCGACUCCUCAAGGUUUGCCUCUCUGCGAUCAGAAAUUGAUGUUAUCGAGAAGCUUUUAGAGAAACUGAAGUCACAAGAUAGAGAUAAAGAUGCUGAGAUUGUACGCCUGCGACAAGAACUCCUUGAUUUGGAUGCGGGGAAUGCAGUAUUGGUUGAGAAGAUUAGGGAGAAAAGUUUGGAGAGAAGGAAUGUGACGAUUUUGAAUGUUGCCAUGUUUGAGGAUACGUUCAAACGAGCUUCGAAGGCCAUUCAUGACUUUGCGAGGCCAAUAAUUAGCUUGAUGCAAGCUUCAGGUUGGGACUUGCACCUGGCAGCGAAUUCGAUUGAACAUGGGGUUCUUUAUGCUAAAAGAUCAGAUAAGAAGUACGCAUUUGAAGCCUACAUUGCACGAAGAAUGUUUAAUGGGAUGACACUUAGAUCCUAUGAUGUGGAUGAUAUUUUACGGUUUGAUGAUCCUAUUGAUUCUCUGAUAGCUAAUCCAAAUCCAGGAUUUGCCAAUUUCUGUGGGGAAAAGUACAUGCUUGUUGUUCAUCCCAUGAUGGAGAUGUCUUUCUUUCGGAAUUUAGACCAGAGGAUGUUCAUAUUGACUGGAAAGCAUCCAAGGACUCCAUUCUAUCAAAUAUUUGCAAGAAUGGCAAAGUGGAUUUGGAUUCUUCAAGGAAUCGCGGCUUCAAUUGAUCCCAGUGCACAAAUAUUUUCUGUCCAUAAGGGAAGCAGAUUCUCAGAUGUUUAUAUGGAACCUGUUCAAGAGAACACGGAAGGUGUGAUUCUGUCCGAGGGAGGACAAUCUAGCUUCAAAGUUGAGUUUAUGGUCAUGCCUGGGUUCAGAAUUGGAAGCACAUUUGUGAAGUCUCGGGUUUAUCUUUCAGAAACGAAACGGGCUGCCGGAACACAAUAGAAUGAGAUGCUGCGACUUCCUGGCGGGUAACUUUCCAAAGCUAAUCAUGUUUUUUGUUUUUUUGAUAUCAAUAUUUAGGUUAAGUUAGUUGAGAAUAUUAUAGCUAGUGAAAUGUGGUGGGAUUAUAGCCCAGAAUCUCGGUGCCUGUACUUCUUCUCAGUUGUUUUUGAUAUAUCUACAUAUGCUGCAAGCUGCAAGAACAUUGUUGAAUGCUUCUUCUUGAACUGUAAA